AGCCCCCGCCUCCCUUCUCAGGAAGCUCGGGUCUCCCUGGGAGCCGGGCUGCCCUUGGGGGAGGCCUCUGAGCUGUGCUCCCUGCAGCUCCGCCAGCUUUCGGGGCGACCUUAGAGGGGCUCUGCGCCCCCCGUGUGGCUCGCGCUAAGCCCGGCAGGAGGGAGCGUCUCGGCGGAGGAGUGAGGAGGACGGGAGGGAGAGGCGCGCCAGAGCCUCGGUCCCGGGCGCCCUGGUCGGCCGCGGAGGAACUGAAGCCUCCAACAGGAAGUCAAGCAUCUCUGACAUGUUAUCUACCCUGCUUGGUGCCUGAGGAUCCUGCAUCCCGGCUCAUCCAGGAAGCACAGGCGAGCUCAUUCCCCGAAGGCAGACCAGCCAGGAGUGCUGAAUGCAAAUUCAGCCACGGGCUAGGGAGCACUAACCAAAGCCUGCAGGAUGGACUUCGUCAUGAAGCAAGCCCUCGGAGGGGCCACCAAGGACAUGGGGAAGAUGCUGGGGGGAGAGGAGGAGAAGGACCCAGAUGCACAGAAGAAGGAGGAGGAGCGGCAGGAGGCCCUGAGGCAGCAGGAGGAAGAGCGCAAGGCCAAACACGCCCGCAUGGAAGCGGAGCGUGAGAAGGUCCGGCAGCAGAUUCGAGAUAAGUAUGGGCUGAAGAAGAAAGAAGAGAAGGAGGCAGAGGAGAAGGCAGCCCUGGAACAGCCCUGCGAGGGAAGCCUGACCAGACCCAAGAAGGCCAUCCCUGCAGGCUGUGGGGACGAGGAGGAGGAAGAAGAGGAGAGCAUCCUGGACACGGUGCUCAAAUAUCUGCCGGGGCCGCUGCAGGACAUGUUCAAGAAGUAACCUGUCCUCUUCCGGCCCCGUCCACGUUAUGACUUUUUUUUUUUUUUUUUUUUUUGGUGUUCUUAGUUUUUCUUUUCUUUUUUUUAUUCAGUUAAGUCUCAGUUCCAAAGGGGAAAACCUCAGUCGGCCUCUGCCCCCUUUCCCUCGUCAGGGACUCCUCCCCUCAGCAACCCUUCACAAGCCCUUCAUCCAGGGUUUCUAGUUCUGUUUCACUCCCAAGUAGCUUGGAAAAAAAGAAGAAGACAGUUUAACUCCAGCAGGGGGCAUCGAACCCAGAGCCAAAGGCGCUGGGUGCCCCCCCAGAAGCCCAUGGUCUACAUUAGUGUGGUAACACUCCCCCCCAUACAUUCCUUCAUGCUCCCCACUGCCAGGAGGACCACUGUCCCCAGCCAGCCAAAGUAAUGACACAUUCCAGCCCUGCCCAGCAUGCUGACCGUUGGCCUCAACCCCCAGUGGGAGUCCAGGUCAGGGCAGAGGCACCUAGUGGUCUGGCUCCAGGAAGGCUAUUCAGAAAAAGCCUGCUCUGGAGAGCCUAGCUCUGAGAGGCUCUAGCUGGGUCUAGCCAGGUUCGAAUCUGGCCUGGGCUGUCCUCUUUCCUCUUCCUGGUGCCACUGGCCAGGAACACACCUCCUCCCAACCCGACCUAAAGAAGCAUGGUUCCUGAGGAGCCGCACCCUCCAAAUGGAUCCUCUUUGGACUUUAGCACAUCUGUGGAGGAGCCCAGGGCAGGGCAACCCCUUAUCCUUUCUCAUCUGACUUAGGUCCUGGGUCCCCACUGCCAGGCUAGGCCCCAGUUUACCCAGCCAAGGGGUUGCCCAGGCCCACAGAAAAUACUUGGAGCCAUCGGGCAGUGAUGGUCUGUGCCACGAGGCCCCUCAUCGGUACGGCCAAACUGCCCCCAUUCCUGUCCACCCCUUCCAUGUCCCGUCCAUGUGCUUCCAAGUCCCCAUUGUCCCCAGGAGGACUCUUCUUGGCCAAAGCCCCAGACAGCUGGGGAGAAAGAAGCCAAUUGUCACCUGGCAAAAGACUGUCCAUUCAUCCCACUGGCCAAGAGUCAGCUCUCCUCUGGGAUGGAUAGGACUGGUAUGUGUCCUCACGUACCACGCCAUCAAGGCUUCCUGCUCUGUGACUUGUGUAGAAAUGGAGGGACACGAGGGGAGGUGCAAAUGAGGGAUGAACGUGUGAGUCCUCACACACUAGAUAAUGUAUGGCAGAUCCAUCAUACCUCUAGGUGCGGUGUGUCUCGAGAUCGCAUGUGUUCGUGUCAGUUCUGUGUUACAGGCUGUUUUACCUGAUGUACCUUGUGUAUAUGUGUUUGUGGGAUGGAGUGUGCCUGAGUUUCAAUUACGUGCUCGGUGCGUGCUAGCUGUCCCAUGUGUUUAAAGAUUGCAUGUGUUAGCUUGUAUUUGCAUGUACUUUCAAAAUGGCAUGUGUGUCAAGAGUGACAGGUUACAUGUUAGCUGCAGACAUAUGUGUGUGUGUGAGAGAGAGAACUGUCAUGUGGGCUAAGACUGGUGUUCAUGUGUGUGGGUCUAAAGCAGGCAGUUGUAGGUAAAGCAGUCAGGAAUGAGAUGCUUCCUCCCAACCCUGAGAUUGCUAGUCACAGAUGGCCACAUCCGACAGGAGACCUAACCUUGGCCUAGAAUCCUCCCACCCUUGGGGGUUUCCUACCUGAGGUCCUCAGAAUGCUACUGGGACAGACCCAGGCAGUGCCCCAGGAAGCCAUGCUGGGCCCCUACCAGGGCCUAUCCCAAAAGCAGGGGCCCGGGAGGGGGCGACUUGCUCACCCCUGAAGCCCCUGUUCCGCUGGCCCCAGUCUGCAUUCUGCAAGUUUUCCAUUUUAGUGGACUUAACGCUUUUAUUUCGGAGAAGACAGACGUCUUCCCUGUCCGUUUCCAAUAGUUAAAGCCAUAUCAGUUAGACCGCAAUACUUUAAAAGAUGAGACUAAACAAUCCUUAUGUGUAGGGAACCAGAAAAGUCCCCUGGUCUCUCCCUUCUCUAAGGAGCAGGGCUUCGGUAGCUCUAGCUCCCGGGACUUACCCUCCCCCACCCUCUUGGGUCCCUGUGUCAUCCCACAGAGGGCCAGUGUUUGUGUCUAUGUCUGUGGUGGGGAGCCAUCUUGCACCCCUAUUGUCUGCUUGUUUCUGUUUUUUAUCCUGGGCAGGACGGUCAUUCUCAAGAGCCCCUGGGUCCUGGGCCGAAGACAGGCAGGGACCAGUCCAGGGGCCCCAGGCCUCCCUAGACCCUGAGUGUGACCCCCACACACUCUUAAAGGCAGGUAAGGACAACAGUGUGAAGAAAGGCCUAACCCUCGACAGGGACUCUUAGACCUUAAAGGCAGAAGCACAGUACAGAGAACCAGAUGCAUCGUAGAGACCAAGACCCGGGGAGCCACAAACAAGGAAACCCAGCCAUGCAACAACCCACGCGGGCCCGAGAGACUCCAGACCCUUCAACUGAAGCCCUUGGUAGUUUCCACGGCUCUCCUGAGCCCAGAGCCCCACCCAGUGCCCUUCAGGCUGCGCUGGCUUAGUCUAGAUUUAUGUCUCCUUUCUAUCCCCAGGCAGCAGAUUUUGAGGUUCUUUGAAGGCAAGAGAAUUUCUACGUGGUACAUACCUGGUUCCACCCACACGCAGCCCAGGGGUUAUAAUGAGUGAUAUUUCUGACACAACCUGGACUAUAGGGAGAAAACAACGGGCGACCCUUGAAGGAUGCUAUGUGCAUACAACACAUUCAUGGAAGGACAGAACUUGGGUGCUUGAGCAUCAGAAAGGAUGUUCGUUCCGUCACUCGAUGUGCCUAGAGCAGGAGGUGUGUGUGGUCCACUGAAUGGGCAGAUGAAUAUAUCAUGCAGAAAUGCAAUGUGCAAAUGGCAUGCUGAAAAAAGGCCACACAUACUGCAUAUACAUGCAUAGACACACGUGGAAACACACGUAUAACCAUGCAUAUACAUGCAUACACAUAACACAUAUGUACACACACACUCACAUGCAUACACACAUGCACAUAUGCAUACAUGCAUAUACAUGCACACACAUACAUACACAUACACACAUAUGUGCAUAUGCAUGUAUGUGCAUAUGCAUGCAUACACAUAAACACACACACAGCAUGGAAGAUGGCUGGAGACAGAAUGAGGCAGGCACAUCACUGACAGGCAUGUGCACUCUUUAGAAAAGCCAUCAGGCUCCUGCACCUGGAAAUCACCACCAUCGAGAAGAAAGGGGGCCUCUCUGGGCCUCUAUGGAGAUGACAGGGGGAUAUCCAAAGUACAUGUCCUCCAUUUCAGCUCCAAAGCACCCAAACGUGAGUCCUUAGCAGCGAAGCUUCACAAUACUUCCUUCAUGGAAGAAAGAGCUGUACAGGUCAUCCCAGUAAAUGAGAGCAGGAAAAAGACGGAAGCCAAGAGACCCCUCACACACAGCACAGCGGGUGAGCAAACCAGCCAUCCUAAAGUUUUGUGCCAUGGGGUUUCCAGCCCCAAGAAUGCCCGCUAUGAAACUAGCAGGGUCGCCCACCCACAACUCCCCCUCCAUCUUUCUAUGGUUUGGCCGGCUCUUGACCUCACCAGGAGGCCUGGGGAUCAGACUGGCUCCCGUGGGGGAUGUCUCCUAGCAAAUGUCUCUGCUCUAGUCCUCAUUCCUGUUGUCCUACCCUUCUCACCAGGGAGAGACCCGAGGUGCUCCUGCUGGCCCCAGGGUUGGGGUGGGAAGUCCUACUGAGACCCAGGGGAGAUGGACCAUCCUGCUCAUGUAGGGAACCUCUUUCCCACAACUGUGCUCUGUCCUUGUUGCUCUGCUUCCUUUAAAUGUGUCAGUCUCUGGGGGAGGGGAGGGCCACCCCCCCAAGCACUCCCUUGAACCUGACCAAAAGCCAUGGCCGUGCUCCCCACUUUGUAUGAUGCAAAUGCUAAGAUGAUGUACAAAACCAACCAUGACGACAAAGAAAAAAGACCUUGUACAGCAGCUGUC